AUGACUGCCGACACCAACCGCAAGCUCAAGGUCGCGCUCUUCGGCGUCGGCCGCCUCGGCUCCAUCCGUGCGCGCAUCCUCGUCGCCUCACCCCGCAUCGACCUAGUCGCCAUCUGCGACCCCAAACCCGGAUCCGACCAGUGGGUGGCCGACAACAUGCCCGCGCGCAUCCGUUUCUUCGCCGACCCCGAGGAGUGUCUUGUCUCCUCGGGUGCCGAGGCCGUCCUCAUCUCGACCGCGACCGCGACUCACGCGGCCCUCGUCCUCCGUGCCCUCGAGCUCGACCUGCACGUCAUGGUUGAGAAGCCGAUCGCCGUCGACAUCGAGACUACUCGAGUCGUCGUCGAGGCCGCCGCGAAGAAACCUCACCUCAAGCUCCUUGUCCCGUUCUGUCGGCGGUUCGACGACAGUUACCGCAACGUCAAGCGGAUGGUCGAUGGUGGCGAGCUGGGCGAGGUACAUGCCGUCGAGACGUCGUGUCUCGACCAGCAAGAUCCCAGUGGAUUCUUCGUCACCUUCUCCGCUCAGAGUGGAGGUAUCUUCGUCGAUAUGGGGAUUCACGACAUUGACAUUGCGAGAUACUUCCUCAAUGUCAAGGAAUGCCCCAACCCCAAGAAACAGGUGAACCGCGUCUUUGCGGUUGGCCAGACCGCCGUAUACACCGCCCUCAACGAGUACAAAGACGCAGAUAACGGUUUCGCAAUUGUCGAGUUCUCAAAUGGAAAAGUCCUCACCUUCCACAUCGGGCGUACCCUCACCAACGGCUUUGAGAGCGCCACCCGUGUCUUUGGGACCAAGGGCAGCGCAAUCGUUAAUGGAAACUCGACAAUUGACCGCGUCGAAGUCCGCGAUGUCCACGGCGUCCGCACCGCUACUACCCCCGACGCAUUCGUGCUCUACGACAAGAGCUUCGUACACGAUGUCGCCGAGUUUGCCGAGUGUGUCCUCGAGGACAAGCCCCUCUCGCUCAACGCCGACGACGCGUACGAGGCCGCCAAGAUUGCCGCGGCGCUGCAGUACAGCUUCCGCAACAAGGUUCCGGUCAUGUUUGACGACGACGGGCUGCCGAUCAUGGCUUGA